AAAGCCUUCGUUUCUCCUUGUGCGUCAAGUUGUGUGGAGUUCAAAGAUGUGUUUCGUCAUACUCUAAUUUCUUGGUGACAAACUGGAGAAAUCACUUGUUCUUUGUCUUCUUUAUCAAGUCAUCUUGAUGGAACACAGUCCCGAUGACCCUGUCUGUGUCAUAAAAGUUGAAGUCAACUGUUGUACAGCAUGUCAAAGAAAGUUGAGGAAAAUUCUAUUAAAGAUCAGUGGUGUGUUGGAAGUUUCUUAUGAUCCAAAAACAAAUUUGGCUACCAUUAGAGGCAGUUUUAAUCCUUUGAUGCUGAUUGAAGCCAUUAAGCAAAAGGGGAAGAAGGCUGAGCUGAUAUCUUAUUCCAAGAAUCCUCUUUCACAUAAUAGCACAAGUAGAAACUCCAAUCACCAUCACUUUGAAAAGACUGACCAAAAUGUCCACAAUAAAGAAGAGGCUGCAGCUUCCCGUACUAAGGACUACAAGGGCAAAGCUAAAGUUGAUGAUGACAAGAAAACAAAUGAACAUUGUUGGAAUAGUAGUGAUGAUGAGACUUCUGAUGACCAUGAUCACAUUCAUGAGUGUGAAGAUUAUGUGUCAGCAAAGAAUAAAAAGUCUGAAGAUUUUGUGUCAACCAAAAACAAGAAAAAAUAUCAUAAAGCUGAAGCUUAUGUGGCCCCUCAAGGAGUUGAUCCAAGCAUCUGCAGGGAUCGCCACUGCAAAAUACACAGAAGAAGCGGAGGCAUGCGAGAUUAUAUAACUCAAGAAGAAAGACAGAAAAAGUAUGCUAUGUUUAUGCAAAUGGGAGCUCACCCUACUGCAUUUUUCAAUGGAGAAGCUGCAAGUUACAUGCUUCCUCCAUAUCAAUAUGGGCAUUAUGGGCCGGACCCGGAUUAUGGGUUUUAUCCGCCGGCCCAGCCCAUGUCAGGGGUAAAUGACUUCACUCGCUAUUUUGGCGACCAAGAUUCUCGAACUUGCAGCAUUAUGUAAAACAAAAAUAGGUCUCCCAUUAAUUAUAUUUUGUCAAGAUUCUCUAGUUCAAAAUUUUAGUUUGUUUUUUUCACGCAAGUUAUGCACUACUUUAACAAUUUAUGAUACUUCUCGUUUAAAUAUGUACACUCUUUUUGCUCAAA